UAAACUUAACCAGAUGCAUGUGGAAACAAGUGGUCUGUUUUAUAUUUUAGAAUUAAGUGUUUACACAGUGCAUCUUAUAUUUUAUAGAAGUUUAUAAAUACUAUGGAAUAAGUAUGAUCAAUCAUAUUCGUUGUGGUAUUGUUUACUUAACAUAUUUUAUAUUUAAUCAGUUUACUAAAUAGUGCUAUGUUUAUGUUCCGCAUUGUCGUAUUGGUGGUGUGAUUGUAAGCGGACGGAAUUCCCGCAAGAGCGAAGUUAGUAAGUAGGACGCACUUUCGUUAUAUGUGACAGGCAACAAUUAACCCUUUAAUUACAUUUGCCACCGAAGCCAUUCAGAGGAAAGGAGCACAUUUUUGCCGUAACUACUGCGAUGCCAUUGAAGCCAUGUCCGAAUCAACGAGUGGUCGCUUGUGUCGGAGCCCUAAUAAGGCGGCGAAUGGCGUUAUUAAUCUUACAGUAGCAGCCAACAGGUUUCUAGAUGGUACCAUGCUGGUAUUCAGAGAAGAUGAAUUCCGUGAGUCGGCAGUGAGAUAUGAAGACGACAUUGAGCGAGAAAACCUGCGGUACUCAAACAAUACCGACAACAGCACUUCGGACCUUUCCGAACAGUACAUGGUUGCUUCUUCUGGUGAAAUUAUAGAAAUUAGUGCGACACAUAACGCACCGCAGUCUGACUCUUUUCCUUGCGAUAUCAUCUCCGUCGAAAAGAAGCCCCGACCUCAAUACAAGCCGUCACGACCUCCACUUCUUCCGCCGUGCCGGGUGUGCGGGGACAGAGCUUCCGGUUUCCAUUAUGGCGUGAAUACGUGCGAGGCAUGUAAGGGUUUCUUUCGGCGAAGCAUUUGUAAAACAGAGCCGUAUGUGUGUUGUAAUGGAACACAGGACUGUCGGAUCGCUCCCGGGAAGCGGACGGCGUGCUCUCACUGCCGCUACAAGCGCUGUCUGGAGGUGGGCAUGUCAAAGGGGGCCAUCAAAACCGGCAGGUACACGCACGAACUGCGCUCGAAAAAUAUCCUCGAAGUUAAAAUGUUGGAAAAGCAGAACGGUGGCGACACGGUGGAGGCAGAUAGGGUUCAUGAUGUGUCAUCGUUUCUAAGUAAACAUCCCGAUGAAGACGGCGAGAGGCUCGACAGUAUUCAGAGACUGAUUCUUGAGGAGACAUGCGGAGUACUUGUGUCUGCUCAAAAAUUCCUCUUCGAAUCCCUGGACGAAUAUUUUCAAGAAGAUCUCAUGCUCAAGCGACAAAAUUCGGUCUUUCUUCGUUAUCAAAAUAAAAAGUUUUCUUUACGAACUGUUGCUCAAACGUGCCCACCGCCAAACGCUUCAAUCAACGGGGAGAUUACUAGGGGGGAAUGCCCUGUGUCUGAUGCAGGUGUUUCCACGAACAAUACUCAGUCUUCAGGUCAAGGUCACGGACUGAACUCCGCCGAAGAACCAUUUGGGGACGAUGGCAGGCCGCUCACAGACGUUUCGUUUCUAAGGAACGAGCCUAAACUUCUUGCCAAUAUACCGAAUCAAAACGGACAUUCGUUGAACGGUGAAUAUGUAAUAAAACCGAAUUUAGUGAAUGACCAUACUUCGAAAUCGGUUGAAGAAACGAAAGCCACGGUGAUGACGCAGGUGCUUACGAGCAUCCAGCUCGGCGUGAAGGGAAUGCUGUCGUUCGCCAUGGCUGUUCCCGGUUUCCAAGAGUUGGACAGCGAGGACCAGGCGUCGCUUCUCAAAGCGUCCAGGUUCGACAUUUGGUAUGUGGGCCACAUCCGGUGCUUCAAUUGCACCCUCAUGGUAGGCGCCUGCGAGUGGGAGUUCCACGCGGAAGAGCUGGCCCAGGUCUGGGGCGCUGACCUGGUGGAGUUGAUAUUCCGGAUGUCGCGGCAAGGGAACCUACUGGACUUCAGCACGGAGGAGAUAGCCGUGCUACGUGCCGUCUGUCUCACCUUUACAGAUCGCUGCCCCACACUUAAGGAGAGGCAACGCGUGGAGCAGAUACACAGCUUCCUAUGGGACGUACUUAAGUACGUCGUCUCCCGUAGGCACAAGGACUUCAACCACUGGCUUAGCAAGACCGUUAACUUCCUGUGUCUACUGAGGGAGUUCGGUAUCAAGUUCGAAUCUGCAUCUAGUCAGCUGACAUUAGACUGGGAAGUGCUCUCAGAUAAUCCGCUCCUUCUAUCGGCGUUCUUGAGUUAACAAAAGGAUAGCUGUAGGGGUAUCUACUUCGACGCGCAAUAACACUAUUGCGUUAUUAUUGUUUGACAUAUGAGUUUUCUGUGGAAUGUCUGAUCACCAUCCAUAACACAAGCAAAACAUAUUGGUCAUUUAUUAAAUUAAAUUAAUUCUCAGCAUUUUUACGAUAUGAAUAUAGCUUGUAGUGAUUUUCGGUUUUGCGUCAUUUUGUAAACGAGGUAAAUAACGAAAUUGUCAUGUAAGAUUUCAAAACAAAGGUACAUAUAAAACGCAAGCAUCAGAUGAUAAUAUGACAAUAAAGUUACUGUAUAAUUAAAUAGACAUUUAUACUCAUCAGACAGUUUACGGAACAUAGCUCUUUGUAAAUCACUGUCGACAAAAUCAUGCGUGCGAUUACCAGAAUUAGAUCACUUGUUAAUUCAGAUAGGUUACACUCAUGACACCGGAAAGAUUUACAAUCGUUAACUUGAAGGUUAUUUUAUUGUUUACAAAAGUCAGUGUAUUAUAAUUUGGCUAUUAGUGAAUGCAAUAUUCAGACUUAAAAUGCACGCAUCAUCAAAAAAGGGAAGUAACCACCACGUGGUGUGUGGGAAAGGAAUUACCUGAAGUUUCACCUCCCUUUUAACCAGGGCUGAUAAGUGAGAGUAGUUGCUCUUGUGGUUUUGUGAUGUUGCCCAAAAUAUGCGUUCACUGACAGAACUCGAUAUUAAAAUAUUAUAGUUAAUAAAAUAAAUAUGUAUUGAGUAUGUGAGCUAUUAACCGUUUAAUGGUUUUAUUUGUUUUACUUCCAUGAGAUACUUGAGUCUGUAAAGUAUAUCCUAGUUUGAGAUUGUUUUUUGUUUGUUUGUUUGUUUGUGUGACUGGUGUUGUUUAUUAUUUAUGGAUUGAGCUUUAUUGUGAGCUGUCAACUUCAAAUCGAAAAUUGGUCACAGAUAUGUUAAACAAAAAAUAUUUUCAAAAUUUAGUCCAAUGCAACUGUAUGUUGCAGUUCGAAAGCGCUGACUAAAAGAAGGGGUGCAUAAUUCCAUGCUCACCGUGAUCGUGGUGUUGUGAUUGAAAUACCGAGCUCUGUGGAUACAAUUAUAGAAAGAAAACAAGCGACUGACAAUCCAUAAUCAGUCUACUAUGCAGAUCAACGUAGACUGUAAAUGAAACGUACACUGUUUGUACCCUACAGUACACUAGACUUAUUUCUUUUAAGUCAGGCAUAUAAGUUGUUAUUUAAUUGUUGUUACAUUUAUUUAUAUGCAUGUAUUAUCUUAAAGUCGACUGCUUAGAAAUACGGUUUAAUAGAUUUAAUUACUAUGA